UCGUAAAUAGAGCUAAUAUGAGAUUGAAAAAUAUCAGAUUGUUAUUUUCUUUUCACUAACGUACAAUCAAAUUCAAAUUUUUAUUUAUUGUUCUAAAGCAGAGCUGAUAGCAAAAUUAAGUGUAUUUUUUUAAACACAAAAAUGUCCCUUGUCCUGUGUCCGUCUUUAAUUAACCCUAUCGAUGAAGCAUCAAAUAAUCUAUGGUACAUACAUAGGCGCCUACGAAACUGCUACGGUUCAAUCAUCUUGGUCCGUUCACAGUUCACACUCAAGCUUCAGACGAUAAACCAACUUUUAUCGUAUACUCCACGUUUACGGGAUAUAUUGAAAUUCCAAAAAUCAAUACGGCCUCUUGACAAAGUAAAUAAAGUGCAACAAGCUUUUUCAACUUAGAAUCAAUUCUUUUUCCUCUAUUUACUUGUGUGCAAAGUGCUAAUUCGACUCAAAAAUGUCUGAAGAAAGUGAUGUUAAAAUGCAAAACUUACGAAAAGAAGUUUUCGACAAAAUAACUAAUAAUCAAACCGACGAUUUGAGAGCUCUCAUAAAUGUCAAUGACUUGAAAAUCAAUUUUGUGGAUGAAUUUGGUAUGAGCCCCCUACAACAUGCUUGCUAUAAAGGAAAUAAGGAAAUUGUUCAAAUGCUACUGGAUCAAGGUGCUGUUGUAAAUGAUUGCGAGCAUAAACAUGGAUAUUCAGCACUGCAUUUUGCAGCUCUCAGUGGUAACUCAGAUCUAUGCAAUUUACUCAUGUCGCAUGGAGCAAAAAUUAAUGCUAAAAACAGCGUAGGAAGAACUGCAGCACAAAUGGCUGGUUUUGUAGGAAAUCAUAGUUGUGCUUCUGCCAUAAAUAAUUUUGUUCCUAAGGCAAAUCUAGACUAUUAUAUAAAACCACAAAACUUGCAAAAAGAGCCAAUGUUACAUCCACAUUUAGCAGAUUCAUUUUAUUUGUUCAUUACACAAGUUAAUGUACAUCCUGUUAAAGUUAUAAUGAACCUGAAAAAAUUGCCUGGUUUAAUUGACAAUUUACCUAUGGUUCAAAAAGUAUUGGAAUGCAUGAGUAAAAAAGAAAUGAAUAAAGGAGCAGAUGCUAAUGAAAUUAUGUCUUUUAAGUACCAUUAUCUUUGCUACCUAACAGAUGAACUUUCAAAAUCAAUACAACGUCAUGUAUCUUCAAAUACUGAAAAGGAUGGCUCAAAUGAAGAUAAAAAGCAUGAAGCUGCAGAUUUACUAAUAAAAAAAUUCCUCAAGUAUAAGAAUGAUGGCACACAAGAAUAUUUAGAACUGUUUUUAAGGGACUUGGUCAGAGAAUAUUCUUAUAGAGACACAGCAAUUUUCCGUCAAAUGGUGGCAACAUUAACAAGUUCUGAUCCUCCAAGUGCUGUUUCAGUUAUUUCUGCUGCUAUAAAUGGCCAACAAGUUUUCAAAGAUGUGGAAAGAUUAAUCUGUGAAACAUGCGGAGAAGAAAAAGCUCCAAAAAAAUGUAGCAAAUGCAAAGUUGUUCAAUAUUGUGAUAGAGAAUGCCAAAGAUUACACUGGUUUAUACAUAAAAAAAAUUGUAGUAGAUUAAACCAGUCAUCUCAACAAAACCAUGUACCUGAAUCUGCCCCUAACAGUGAAGAAAUUACCAAUGCUGUUACUUCAAGACUACAAAAUUUGAUUGUGAACUAAUUUAAUUAAAGAUUGAAUUAAUUGUGUGUAUCACUGUUCAAUAUUUCAUG